AUGCUGGUGUACCUAUUCAGCGACAGGAACUAUGAACGAACUGGAUUUCGGGCCAGCUAUUCCAUGCAAGACUGUCCAUUCAAUUGCACUGGCCACGGCAACUGUAUUGGACACCAGUGCUACUGCUUUAUGGGCCGAACAGGGAAUUACUGCCAGCUCGAGGAAUGUCCUCAAAACUGUAGCAGUCAUGGUGCUUGUGUGAUGAAAGAUGACAAUUCCACGUAUAAGUGUCAGUGCGAGAAAGGGUAUGCAGGGUAUAUGUGCAAUAUUAGUUUGAACAAUUCAGAAGGGAGUGAGCUCUGGUACACCUUACUGCCUGAAGGCAUGGGACUUGAACCCCGUUCUGCCCAUGCCGGUGCUUUUGUGUCUCGGACCGAGUGCUUGUAUGUAUUUGGUGGGUUUUCGUUGAACGAAGUUUUAAGUGAUCUCAACUGUUACUGUAUAAACGAAACCACUUGGAAUUCUAUAAAUAGAUCUGAGCCCUGGCCGAAAGGUCGUUAUGAGCAUGCGAUAGAACUGUUUGAGGAUGGGUUCUACAUGUUUGGGGGUAUGCUUGACGAUGGGAAUUACAGUGAUGAACUGUGGUUUUUUAAUGUCACGUCAGAGACAUGGACUCUGUGUGCCAAUGAGAGUGUAUUCAAACCUUUACAGCUCUCUGGCCACACACUUACGAGGGUUGAAGACAAUUUGUAUGUGUUCGGGGGGAAAACCAAAGAUGGAUUAUUUUGGUCAAAUAUUUAUAAAAUCAAUGGACACAUUCCAACAGAAUGGCAGGAAGUAUUACCUCUGGCCGGCAAAUCAUCGGCUAGAAGGCUUGUAGGACAUUCAACCGUUUAUCACAAAGAAUCAAAAUCGCUACUCAUCUACGGAGGUUAUUCUCACAAUGCCGAUGAGCCCCGUUAUGGGUCGCAUAAAGACGAACUGCAUUUGUUCCAUGUUGAGAACAAAAUCUGGUCGAAGAUCAAGACGAACGAAGCACUGGACAACGGUCCAGCUCCUAGUCAGCGGUCGUUUCAUUCGGCCAACAUCAUGGGCAACUAUAUGGUUGUGUUUGGAGGCAACACUCACAUACAUCACGAUGUGGAGAAAUGCUACGAUUAUGAAAUAUAUCUUUAUCAUCUCGGAUGUCAUAUAUGGGUGAAAGCGGAAUUGCUUAUGGGAAAAUACAGUUCAGCACUUGAUGACGGCAGGGUGAGUCAUGUUGCAGCCGUUGCCUAUGGUAACACACUCCUUGUUGCUGGGGGGUACGCUGGAUACGUGAAGGGCGACGUCAUGGCGUUCAAGUUCCCGCCAUUGAUUGCUCCACCUAGUUCUGAGGUCAGUCUGGACCUAGAUUACUGCACCAACAUCACGCUGGCAGACAAAUGUCAGAGCAACCCAGACUGCCUACUGUGUACCAAGCAGGGCAGAUGCAUGCAUCGGACACACAUCACUGAGCAGCUAUGCGGUCCCUUGAAGACAGGCGUGCCCUACAUGCAAUGUCCAGGGAUCUGCAGUCGCCUGUCCUCUUGCGUGUCAUGCCUUAGUCAAGGUCAGGGGGCAGCGCGGUCCCAGGACUCGCCGGAACAUUGGACCUACAUCCAGCCGUGCAACUGGUGUGUCAAGGAGGGUGAAUGUCAGCUCAGGUCUAAGCCAACUGGUAACUGUGCAGCCGCCACUAGCACGUCGUCCGGUUUAGUUGGCUGGUGGGGGGAUAAGAGCCUCUCCUUGAGCCAGAUUGCUCAGUGUCGACUGGAGGACAAACCAGCGGGACUGGUGUCCAUUUUGCGUCAGACUAAUAUGGCAGAGAAAUACCGCCGGAUCUACACGAGGCCAUUGCUCAAGAGCUUCACACGCUGGCGUGGCUGGAUUCACCCUUUAAAUGCCACAGUGAAACACUUGAUUGAUCCCUCCCCCAAACAGUUCAUGUUGAAGUUGGCGGUCGAUAACAUCGCAGUGAAGGUGUGGCUUAAUAAAGAUGCUAUUGUUGGUCGUAAGGAAAGAAUUAUGAACAUCGGUAUAGGUGAUAACCCGCUCGAGUUGAAAUCAAGGGCAGAUAACUCUUUGUUGUUCCCCAACACGUCUCCAGGCACGCGCUACUACCUGGAUCUUGAAGGGGAAUAUUUGUACCCUUCCAGUACCAACAGUCAACCAGCCAUCAAUGAGAAACUCUACAGCAUCGAACUGAAGUGGGACGGCUCGGCUUCCAAUGGCAACAGUCUGUCAGUACUGCACGCGUUCAGCUUCGAAUUUCUGGAACCCUACAGCGUUGGAGACUGCGCAAACUUCACCAGCUGCCUGGCCUGCAUGACGGACACAGCAUGUGGCUGGUGUGACGUUGAAGCCCGAUGCAUGCCAAGGAACACAAGCACGUCAGCCUGCGCCCAGGAGGGGCACCAGCUGAUGAUCACGGAGCCAUCUGUGUGUACAGUGUGCGAUGACCAUGUGGAGUGUCUGUCGUGUGCCAAGGACCCCCACUGUGAAUGGGUGAAAGACAAAGUGCACUGUAUUCGACGGGGUCGUGGGCUAGACACGGAAAUAGCAGCCAUUCCUGAGCAGUGUCCAGCUUCAUGUCAUGAACUGAGCAGCUGCAGUCAGUGCCUGAACGUCAGCGAGUGCGCGUGGUGUGAGAGCCUGCGCUCCUGUCUGCCAUUCUACGACUACGUGAUCCGGCACCGACAUGGCCAGUGCACGGAGUGGGUGGACAGCGAGAUAACGCGCAACGACAACACGUACUCCUGUCGCAACUGCUCCAUUCUCAAGAGUUGCGAAUCGUGCAUGAAAUCGUUCAACUGCGGCUGGUGUGGCAAUCGAGCCAACCCGAAGAAGGGUGUGUGCUUUGAGGGAGAUUUUGCAGGUCCGUUUGGUAACGUGACAUGCUCAGCGAUUGUGAACAGCCAACCAAGUGGAAGCUUUGCGGCUGAUGUAGUAGAGGCAGAUUGGUCGUACGGGAAAUGUCCAGACGUCAACGAAUGUGCCCUCAGUCUCGCAAAAUGCCAUGAGAAUGCGUCUUGUGUCGAUACCCCCGAUAGUUACGUCUGUAAUUGUAACAGGGGCUAUGAGGGGGAUGGAAUCAUGUGCAGCAAAACGUGCUACUACAAGUGCGCGCACGGGGAGUGUCUCUAUGACAUGGGGAAUUACUACUGCGAUUGCAACCUGGGCUGGACUGGGAAAGACUGCAACGAGGACUGCAAAUGCAACGGGCAUAGCAUGUGUGAGGCUGGGGUUGGCAUUUGCGACCUUUGCUUGAAUAAGACCACUGGGCCGUACUGCAAUCAGUGCCUUGUUGGUCAUUAUGGAGAUCCUACUAAGUCUUAUGGGUGCUACCAGUGCCAGUGUAACGGCCAUGGCAACGAGACUCUGGGUCAGUGUAACAACAUCACGGGCGAGUGCUACUGCACCCACCACACCAUGGAGUACAACUGUGAGAGGUGUGAGAAGGGUUACUAUGGCGACCCCAGGGACGGUGGGACAUGUUACCGUGAGUGUGACCACGGUCUGAUAAUGGACAACGUACAGGACGGCGCGCUGGGCUCUCACAGGGGACUGGGCGUGAGCACCUGGCACGCGUACUGCCUCUGGAUCCUCAUGUCACAAAACCGGUUCACCCGGCCCUCAACCCCAUGGGCUGGGCGGGCCCUGUCUGUACCUAGCAUCACGCUGCGGCUCGAGGGGCUGGAUGUGGAGUGUGAAAGGGACCAUGUGUACGUGUAUGACGGUAUCCCAGCAUUCAUAGACAGCGCAGGAAGUGGCUUGUUGCUUGGCGCGUUCUGUGGGUCCUCAGCAACCGACCUUGAGAACGUCACAGCAAAGUCUGGCAUCAUGACCGUGUACUUUGAUGCUGACAUCAGUGGCGAAUAUUCAUCAACAAAAGGCUUCAAUGCCAGCUACAUUGUGAAUCGUUGCCCGUCGUCCUGUGAUGUCGCUAGCAACCAGCAGUGUCUCCAUGGCAUCUGCGUUUGUGCUGAUGGUUACGAGGGGUUCCCGGAUUGUAAAAUACAGACCUGCGCAAGGGGCUACACUUACGAUAAGACAUUGAAUGCCUGUCAGAGUGACCACCCUAUUGGCUCAGUGUCCUACCACAUCACCCGGUAUAAUGUGGGCCCACCCGAGGGCAGCGUCCCGUUUGAUGUGCGCGGUACGGGAGCUGGGCCGGUCCCUCGGUACGGGCAUACGCUCAUUGACUGUACCACAAGCGUGUUUCUGUUUGGUGGGAGGUCACUCAAGUAUGGCCUCCUCAACGACAUCUGGGAGUUUGACUUUCGAGUCGGGACUUGGACUGAAAUAAAGCCUGUUUCAAGCGAACCUCCGAGUCCUAGGUACUUCCAUGCAGCGUCCUGUAUUCCGAGUAAGAAGAUCUUCUUCAUCUUUGGUGGUCUGGUGGCCGCGUCCCAUGAGAGGCAUGAGACCAGCAAGGAGAUGUGGAAAUUCGCCAUCGAUGCCCGCAAGUGGACCGGCCCUAUUCAGCCAAUUUGGGUGAGCCCAGUGGCAGGUCACACUAUGACCCUGGCCAAUGAGAGCAAGUUGGUGAUAAUAGGGGGAUUCUCCAGUGAGGACUACUUUAACGACGUGGUGUAUGUCUACGACACCUACCCGUACCCCACUGUCUGGGAGAGGCAUGGCACUGAUAACGUCACUGGCGCAAAGCCAACUGGUAUAUACGGUCACAGUGCAGUGUACGACUCAACCUCGAAGACGGUCUACGUAUACGGAGGUCAUGUGUUCAGAGAUGAGCGCUUUGCAGUGUCAAAGUAUCUCUUCACAUACGACAUAGAGACAAACUCCUGGAGUAUCUUGCAGCCAGAUCUUGGCGACUUAACAUUUGCGCUGGAUGGGGCGCUGUACAGGUACUUCCACAUGGCCCAAGGUUUCAAGGAUUACAUGGUUGUUGUCGGGGGUUACGACCAACACCAUGAACCCCAGAACUCACUAUUUGUUUACAACUACCGCUGCAAUUACUGGCAUCAGAUUCCAUUGGCUGAUGAGGAAGGUAUGCACAUUUCUUCACUAGUUUCCGCCAGUUCAGUCGUCUACAACAACUCUUUGUACAUAUUUGGAGGCAUCGGAACCAACAUUGAAGGCAACAUGUACAGGCUGAAAAUACCUGAAGACAUUUGCGGGAUGUACAGUGCAGCUAACUUAUCCAUUCCGGCUUGCCUAAACGUGGUGGGCUGUAGUGCAGCCAUUCUGAGAAUUCGUGACGUGGAAAGAACCGUCUGUUUUUCAACUGAGGUCCCUCCUAUUGCCAGGGAGGGUCCGUAUGUCUCCAUGCACAAGGGGGCAGCCUCAGUGUGUGAUGAAGAUCACCACAAGGACCGGGAUUGUGAACGAAUCAUGAACUGUUCCGAGUGCGUGGCAACAUAUCCAUAUUUUAAGAACGCACCGAAGACCUGUAAAUGGUGCAGUAACUGCCUGAUCGGGCGAUGCAUCAAGCGCGGGUCCACCUGCAGCAACAACCACGGCUGCGACGUGUUCCAGAUCAAGGGAGGAGUCCCUCAGGUGUCCCCUUCUCAGCCUGGCUGCCCAGUGAAAUCAUGUUUGGCCUCCACCUGCAAACGCUGCCUUGAAAAAGACUGCCUAUGGACCAAGGGGAUUACCAGACAAACAAUAGGACCAUUGUUCCCAUCUCAAGGCUGGACUUGCUUGCCCCAGAUGUACCAAUCGUUCAGGAACGGCAGCGUUGCCACGGUGAUCAGCAAGCCUGGUGACUGCCCCGCCCCCUGCCAGGACCACAAGUUGUGUGAGACGUGUCUCGGGUCAAAGGGGUCGGAGGGCGGCUCACUUGAGUGUUACUGGAGUGUAACCCUUGCAGAGUGCAUACCCCCGGCCUACACGUCCCUGCACUGCCUGGGCGGGGUGUGUGGGACACUCCUCCAGGGGGAGCCAGGCAGAUGCCCCGCCCCCUGCUCAACGUACACCAAGUGUGCGGACUGUAGACGGGCCCCAGGCUGCGGCUGGUGCGCGCACGGGGGCGAGAACGGGGUCGGGGUCUGUUCACCGGGGACACUCAGCGGGCCGGAACACUCGGAAAUGUGUGCGAAGAAGAACAGCGUGUUUACUGACAAGGACUCCUAUGCCCGUGACCCCCAUUGGUCGUACGGUACAUGCCCGCCGGAGGAUGAGUGUCGUAACGGUCACCAUGCAUGCGAUCUUGAGACAGAGGACUGCAGUGACCUGUCUGACGGGUUCCUGUGCACCUGUAAAAAAGGCUACAUCCGAGGCGAGGACGACGGCAGGAGCAUCUGUAACCCGGUUUGCCACCAGGCAUGCGUGCAUGGGACAUGCGUGAAACCAGACACAUGCGACUGCCAUUUUGGAUACAUCGGCAAGAACUGCUCCACCAAGUGCGAGUGUAACGGGCACAGCACGUGCCGUAGUGAGGAAGAGAAGAAUAUCUGCCUUAACUGUACAGACAAUACUCAGGGGUCGCAAUGCCAGGAGUGCAAGCCCCUAUACGUGGGGGACCCUAAAGAUGGCGGCCACUGCACUUCCUGUACAGAGUUCUGUAAUGAGCAUUCAGAUGUGUGCAUUCGUUUCAACCACUACGCCAAGAGCGCCCAGAUAAUGGGUCUUCUUGAACGAUUCAAGGACGUGAAGUCACCAGGUUUCAUGAGCGAGUUCACGAGGCUCCAGUCAUCAGGCCCCAGGCUGAAGAACGAGACUAUUUGCCUGAAUUGCCAACAUCACACUAAGGAUGAUCGCUGUGAGACCUGCCUGCCCGGGUACUUCAGACGCCCGGGUAUGAAACCCGAGGAGCCUUGCAUGAAGUGUAUGUGUAAUGGUCACAGUGACAUGUGCAAUGACAAGAGUGGAGAGAACUGCCAGUGUCAAAACAAUACUGACACCAAGUGCAGCGUGGAACAGGGCAACACCGACCCGAAGUGCCACGAGAAACAGUGUGCUGAAUGCAAGGACUACUUCCUAGGCCGACCUAAGAGUGGACAUCAGUGUUACCGCACGAUGACGGUCAGCAAGGAUUACUGCUUGGACCCUAAAACUCAGCUGGAAUGCACCAGGAACCCCUCUCCCCUCCUGCACGGCUCCACUGUAUUCUUUGUAGCGCAACCCAAAUACGUGAAUGUUGACAUACGCAUCACCAUUGAUGUUACCGAAGGAGGUGUAGACGUUUUCUUCUCCCCAUAUGAUGAUACCUUCGUGGUGCACCCUGAUAGACAGACUGGUAAACACAUUGUCAGUCUGGACCCAAAUUAUCUUAAAUAUGAACAGACCAGAAGGAAGCGCUCGGACAAUUCAGAUUUGAGCAUUUCUGAACUGCAGAUUCCUGUGAUUCAAACCAUUAAAGCCGUAUCGCUGAACACUUUUUUCACCGUUCAUAGCCCUGAUGAGGUUUUGAUUAUUCGUAACCUACAAGGGAGACUGGUGAUCACUUUACCAAAUGAGAAACUGAACUUGAAAACUUCGAAGUUCUUUAUGGUUUUCCUUAGCACUGGAAAUGCUGAUAAGAAUGACACACUGGGAAACAUAUAUUUCAGGCAGGAUCAGCCCCAUAUUGAUCUCUUCGUAUUCUUUUCCGUGUUCUUUUCUUGCUUUUUCCUGUUCCUCGCUGUGUGCGUACUACUGUGGAAGACCAAACAAGCAGUUGAUGCUCGUCGUAACCGACAGCAACGGGCUCGAGAAAUGUUACACAUGGCUUCCCGACCGUUUGCCAAGGUCCUAGUGCAUAUUGAUCACCCAAUCACACCAUUUAAUGUUUCGCCGAACUUGCGUGUGAGGCAGGUGCGAAAACCCACAGAGAAGACCCCGUUUUUAUCGAGUGACGCGCACUUGCAAUAUUCCCCACCAUUGAACGUUCGUGGAAAGUUUGAGAUCACGCCGAUAGCGAUGGAGCCUACAGAUGACUGCCUGGCAGCGGUUGGGACGAUCGUUCUACAGUUGCCCGGUGGCCCUUCCGCGCCAUCGCAUUUAUGUCUUGCUUCAGCGCUUAUUUACCAGUCUAGCGCACCUGGAAAGCAUAGACGAAUGCACAAUGUGUGACACUUGUGAAGUGUUUUUUUUUGCAUUUUAUUCAUAAGAAUUUGUUGUUGCUUAAUUGGACUUUUUAUACCUCAAAAUAAUGUGUUGAUUUGCAUUAUUUGUUUAAUAUUCAUAUGUGUGAAAUUGUUUCUAUUUCAAUGUUAUAAUUUUUCUUAUCGUGAAAAUCUGAAUAUUUUAUUGUUUUAUGAACAGAAAAAUCUUUUAAAUAAAAAACGUUUUAAGCUUUGUUCAUAGUUUCAAGAAAGAUAACAUUCUAAUUAGAAGCUUCUUUUAUUCAUAAAGGUUAAUAAUCAUGUUAAAAGGUAUGAUUUAUUGUAUGUCUUCAAUGCUCUAUAUCAUGUUAUUAUUUAUGUAUUUUUUAUGUGUCAGUAUUGCAUAAUACAGGUAUAUUUUAUCCAAAUAACCAGAUGUAUGCCUGUGUUUCACAACAUAUAUGCUGCCAAGAAAUUGUGUGUUUUUGCAGCAGGAUUUCUAUUCAUAUUCAUUAAGUUUUUAGCUCACCUGUCACGAAGUGACAUGGUGAGCUUAUGUGACCGUGUGAUGUCCGGCGUCCGAAUGUGCGUGCGUGCGUGUGUCCGUCAACAAUUUGUUUGUGUAGACAGUAGAGGUCACAGUUUUCAUCCAAUCUUUAUGAAAUUUGGUUAGAAUGUUUAUCUUGAUGAAAUCUGGGUUGGGAUUGUAUAUGGGUCAUCUGGGGUCAAAAACUAGGUCACUAGGUCAAAAACUAGGUCACAUAAUAGGUCAAAUAAUAGAAAAACCUUGUGUUGACAAUAGAGGUCGCAGUUUUCAUCCAAUCUUUAUGAAAUUUGGUCAGAAUGUUUAUCUUGAUGAAGUCUGGUUUGGGAUUGUAUUUGGGUCAUCUGGGAUCAAAAACUAGGUCAAAAACUAGGUCAAAUAAUAGAAAAACCUUGUGUAGACAGUAGAGGUUACAGUUUUCAUCCAAUUUUUAUGAAAUUUGGUAAGAAUGUUUAUCUUUAUGAAAUCUGGCUUGGGAUCGUAUUUGGGUCAUCUGGGGUCAAAAACUAGAUCACUAGGUCAAAAACUAGGUCAAAUAGUAGAAAACCCUUGUGUAGACAGUAGAGGUCACAAUUUUCAUCCAAUCAUUAUGAAAUUUGGUCAGAAUGUUUACUUUAUCUUGAUAAAAUCUGGGUUGGGAUUGUAUUUGGGUCAUCUCGGGUCAAAAACUAGGUCACUAGGUCAAAUUAUAAAAAAAACUUGUGUAGACAAUAGAGGUUGCAGUUUUCAUCCAAUCUUUAUGAAAUUUGGUCAGAAUGUUUAUCUUGAUGAAAUCUGGGUAGGGAUUGUAUUUGGGUCAUCUGAGGUCAAAAACUCGAUCACUAGGUCAAAUAAUAGAAAACUGUCAACAAUUUGUUUGUGUAGACAGUAGAGGUCACAGUUUUCAUCCAAUCUUUAUGAAAUUUUGUCAGAAUGUUUAUCUUGAUGAAAUCUUGGCUGGGAUUGUAUUUGGGUCAGCUGGGGUCAAAAACUAGGUCACUAGUUCAAAAACUAAGUCACUAGGUCAAAUAAUAGAAAAACCUUGUAUAGACAAUAGAGGUCACAGUUUUCAUCCAUUCUUUAUGAAAUUUGGUCAGAAUGUUUAUCUUGAUGAAAUCUGGGUUGAGAUUGUAUUGGGGUCAUCUGGGGUCAAAAACUAGGUCACUAGGUCAAAUAAUAGAAAAACCUUGUGUAGACAAUAGAGGUCACAGUUUUCAUCCAAUCUUCAUGAAAUUCGGUCAGAAUUUUUAUCUUGAUGAAUUCUGGGUUGGGAUUGUAUUUGGUUAGUCAGGUGAGCGAUUCAGGGCCAUCAUGGUCCUCUUGUUAAAAAAGUAAAAAGGAUAAAAAACAUCACAUUCUUUUUCUUUUGAAAACAUAACAAUGACUGUCAAAAUUUGUAUUGUUUCAAUUAUAUAAAAAUCCAAUAGCAUCAAUCUGCAAUUCAUUGGUUUAUGAAAUGUCAGGAUAUAAAAGCUGACAGUGGACAAUCAAAAUAUAGGAGAAUUAAUUCAUUAUUUACUGAUUGCAUAACAAUCUAGAGACAUGUUUGAUGUUUGAGUUUCAUUAUUUUGAGGGCCCAAAGGGAGCUCAUAUUGUCUGUGAUAGUUGUAUAGAUGUUGGAGAGUGUGGGUAUGAAGAUGUUAUCUUUUGUGUCGCAUUCUGAGAAAACUGGGCAUAAUGCCUGUGCGUAACGUGUCGUCCCAGAUUAGCUUGUACAGUCCGCACAGGCUAAUCAAGGAAGACACUUUCCGCCUAAACAAGGUUUUCGGUAAGAAGGGACUUCCUUUAAAUGAAAAAUAUCAUUAAAGCGGAAAGUGUUGUCCCUGAUAAGCCUGUGCGGCUGCAAAGGCUAAUCUGGGACGACACUUUACGCACAUGCAUUAUGCUCAGUUUUCUCAGAACACGACUCAAAUGUUUUAGAGUUGAUGUGGAAGACAUGACAUUGUUGUUGUGAUGUGAGGUUAUUGAGCAGCUUGGGCUGAUGCCUUGAGCUUUAAAUUCUUUCCCAUCAGAACUCCAAAUCUUUGUUUAUCAACCAAUAAACAAAUAUUUAUUUAAAGGACUUGUUCAAAGAUUUGUAUUUUUUUUUUAAUUGCAUUCUAUGAAUUAACUAACGAAACAGUAAUAUUUACAAUAGUGUUAAAUAAUAAAAAUGAAAAGGAAAAAAUCAAUAAAAAAUAUGCCUGCCCUGGGGAAGGGUUUACUUUGAUACCGUUUGAAGCAAAAUCAAACGCGCUACUAGUAAACCACAAAGGCUUUUACAGUUGAAUAGUAGUUUCAAUGCUAUGUUGAUAAUACAUGUUUUUGAUACUUUAUCGAUGAAAACAUGAACACUCACUGUCACUUUAUUAUUUUUCGAUGUUGAUUCAUUAUCAUAUGUAAAUCAAGAAACUUUUCUAAAUCAGGUGAGAUUUUCUUGGUUGAAUAUAAUGUAUACAUUAUACAUUGUUUGAAUAGUGACAAUUUUUUUUCUAAAUUGUCAUUAUGCCAAAUUAUGAAUAAGUCCCUUUAAAAAAACAUUCUUUAAUACAUAUUUUUGUCCGCAACAUGCAUGCAGAUGUCUGUAUUAGGAUAUACAGAUUAUUGGUUUAUAAUGUCAAUAUUUGAGUGGCAAUAUGUUUCAAUGUUGAGGUUUAUAGCUUUGUUCUUUGGUUUAACAUUUGAAGAACAACAGUAUUGGAUGAUGUUAAUUCUGUAGUGUUUUUCAAGUUGGCUUUUUCAUCAGUAUUUUUCUAUGUGUGUUUAACAUUGUACACAUUGUAUAUGUGUGUAUUAAAAUCCUGAAUAGUGCUUGGAAAAACCAGACUUGCGUGUACAGGUGUUGUCAAGACUGCUUGCAAAAGCUUGCUGAAGUAGUCCCAAUGGUGGAGUCUAUGUGCAGGCAUUUGUGCCUCUGAGCUUUUCUUGGACUGUAAAUUUGAUAAGCAUCAUGCAAUUUUUAAAUAACGUACCACACUAUUGAAAAUGUUGAUUAAACAUGAUUUCUUACAUAUAUUUGUUCACAUGGAUGAACAAUGUUAAAAAACUGCACAUUAAUUUAUUGAGCAUGGACAUUAAGUCUGUCACCAAUUUUAAACGUUUUGAUUUUUUUUCUUGCUAUUUAAUAGAAACCAGGAAUGUAAUAAAACUACCUGUUUUAUGGUCCAUUUUAAUACUAUUCUAAAGUGGACAAGACUAGUAUUAUACUACUAUUGGACCUCAAAUUUAACAAUAGUACAUUUGUGUUGUGUUUUCUUUUUGUUCAUAAAAAGCAUAUUUGUUACUGAAAGACAUUACCAAAAAAAGCUGAAAUGCAUAAACAUGAUUUAUCUGUUGUUGUUUCUCAUGUGAAAACAAUUGUUUUGAUUUGUUUUAUAUUUUAUUUGUUUAUGUUAUAAUGUUAUAAUGUUAUUUCAUUAAAUGACUUUUUGCUUUAAGAUAUUUUUCAAUGCAAGAUAUCCUCAAACUUUGUUAUUUUACUUAUUUUAUACUCAAAAUGCAUGCAUGCAUGUGUACAUAUAUAAUUGCUAGACAUGAUUGUGUGUCAUGUUUUGUAUAUUUUGUACAUAUUUUUUCCUUUUAUAUUUGUUAAUAUUAUAUUGGCAUUUGUUUAGCGUAGAAGAGAAAGAUUAAAAUGAAAUUUAAGUGGUACGAAUGCCUGUUACUAUGUUUACUUGGUCAGUGGAUUAGGCUUUGUUCUUUCAAUUGUAUAUGAAGCAAACAAUAAUGAUAACUGAUUGAAUUAAUCAGACCUUUCCUGUAAUUAUUAUAUGUAUAUAAGGUAUCAGUCUGUUAUAACUGAUGAAUGAGAAAAUAAUUUCAUGUACCAUAGUUACAUUUUAGGGGGGGGGGGGGGGCAGCAUUUGUUUGUGUGGUGCAGAUUUUUUUCACAUUAAAAACAAUGUGUAUAUGAGCAGGGCUGUGGGAAAAUGGUGCUUAAAGCCACACACCUUGAAAUGAAAGUUAAUUUAAGUAUAAAUAACAAGGUAGAAAUCCGUCUUUUUUGCGCUUUAAAACUUAAAAAUAAUCGCGUUUGUUGAAAUGGACGUAGACGUCUAGAAAUCCUACUUUCGGUUUUACAAGCGGUACUGUUUGAAAAAUAAUAAAUUGCUUGCUAACUAGUCUACAGAUUUAAUUUUAUCUAUGCCUAUUAGAAUAUACAUGUGUAUCUGGUGGUUAAAAGGUAGAAAUCCGUCUUUUUUGCGCUUUAAAACUUAAAAAUAAUGGCGUUUGUCGAAAUGGAAGUAUGCGUAUACAAAUCCUACUUUCGGUUUUAAAAUUAAAAAAAAUAAUAAAUUACGUGCUAACAAGGCUAUAGAUUUAAUUGUAUCUAUGCCAAUUAGUAUAUAUCUGAAGGUUACAAGGCAGAAAUCUGUGUUUUUUGCGCUUUAAAACUUAAAAAUAAUCGCGUUUGUCGAAAUGGACACAUACAUAUAGAACUCCUACUUUUGGUUUUAAAAUAAUUUUAAAAAAAAUUGCUUGCUAACUAAGCUAUAGAUUGAAUGCCAAUAUUGCACACUUUGCACCUAUAUGUUAACAUGCAUUUUAUUUCAAGGUAUGUGGCUUUAAUGCAUUUAACUGUUCCUAAAGUAUUGUAUGUGCAGUUUGCACAGGCUAAUCAGGGAGGACACUUUUUGCCUAGACUGGUCUGUGCAGACUGCUUAGCCUAAUCUAGGACAACACUGAACACACAGGUAUUAACUGUGUUUUUCCACAGUGUUACUCUUAUGUAUUUUUGCAUAUUGAGGUCAUUGGUUUUAUGUGUGUCAGAUUUAUAAAAAUUUCGCAAUACUAUGUAUGCGUAUAGUCCAAACUUUGUCACUUUUGCUUCAUAGAACAUUUCUUCAUUCAUGUGUACUCUGGACUUCCAUUGGAUGAUUGUGACUGUUUUCCUAAGGAUUUUAUUGAAUUUUCUAUGAAGCUUUUUUCAUUAGAUUAAUCAAUUAAUUAUUUAAUUAGUUAAUAUUGUUAUACGAUUGGCAGGCUGCCGUUUUAGCAUACAAACUGUUUUAAAAACUUGCUGACUGAUGGUUAACUGUUUUAAAAACUUUCUGACUCAUGGUUAACAAGUACAUAAUAAUUUUAUUGAAUAACUUAAUGUAUUAUACCAAAAGUACUUCAGGAUAAUGGUUAGUCUUCGUUAUAAGCUCAACUACCAAAGUGACAGAAUAGUCGAACGCACUGUCGUGGGACAGCUCUUUUCACGAGGCUUUUUAAGAUGUUAAACUAGCAUGUACACAAGUGAUUUGAAAGCAAUUGAGAACAGUUGUUAAAUGUUCAUUUUGUACACUUGUAUUUAUAUGGGUAUUUCAUGCACGCAUGUAUAUGUAUGAUAUUUGUUUGCUUGGCCAGUGUACUCUGACUGUUGUUACGACACAAUCUUAUCGUUUUAGUAAAAUGCAUUUUUGUCAUAUACUUAAAUAAAUAGAAAAACACUA